CAGUGCCCAGAAAGUGCCCUCAACCUUGGGCAGCCCCCCCAGACACGAGGGGACUCUCAGCUGAUGUCCACAAGUUCUUCCUUCCACCCACAAUUCUCAGCUACACAGGCGAUCUUCUUCCUCCUCUUUGUUGUGAUCAUUUUUUGGCGCGCCCAGCACUCUGAAUCCUCCCCUUGCCUCAGAUGCCCCUGGACAAAUUUUGGAUCUCUCUUCUCACCACGCUCAUGCUCCUCCACCAAACCAUGAGUGCCAGCGACACCACGGAGCUGAUCAGGGCCGUGGGAGAGUCCGUGACUUUCCACACCCACGACACGACAAAAGGAAAUGCAUUCUGGUAUUUUGGGAAUGUGCCCAUAGUGGCUGUGUCAUUUGGGGAUCCUCCUCAAGCUUUGUUUUCAACACAAACACUCAAAAAGCGUUCUGCUGUCUCUGAGAAGGGCCGUGCGCUCAGCAUCUCCCAGCUGAGGCUGGAGGAUGCCGGGAACUACUCUGUAAAGAUUAAUGAAAAAAGAUGCAGCUUCACCCUCCAUGUGUACAGGGAGCUGACAGAGCCCACGGUGACCUGUGAGGCCCAGAACUGCUCCUCAGGUGGGAGCUGCCACUACUCUCUGUGCUGCUCCGUGUCUGGCACAGACCUCGGGAAGGUCUCCUACAUCUGGAGAGUGGGAGAUUGGCUGUGGGAUCAGGGCCUCGUGGUGCUGUGGGUGAACCAAUCCUCAUUGGAGGAGCUGGGCCCACUGACGUGCACAGCAUGGAACCCCGUCAGCAUCAAGAGCGUCACCAUCACCACCCCUGACGUGCUCUGCACAGGCAGCGGGGUCACGAUCUGGCUCCUAGCCACCAUUGGAGUCGCGGUGCUUUUAUUGGUUCUCCUCCUGUUCCUCCGUAAAUUCACAGGCUGGAAAUCUCGCCUCUUCAAACCCAAGCCUACGGACGCAGCGUCCUCAUCUACGACCGUGUACGCUGAGGUGGGCCCUUCCCAGCAGCGCCUCCCUAACGUAAUUAAAGCCAAACCAACAGACGGGGAAUCCACCACAACCGUUUAUUCCCUGGUCAGGCGUCCAGACCAGGUGGAAAAUGGGACAGCAAAAAAUGGCACCGUGGUCGGUCUGGAGCUGCUCUAGAAGGACCUGCAACUGGUUUAAAGGGUCUUGAACUGGUUUAAAAGAUCUGCACCUGGUUUAGAAGGACCUAGACCCUGUUUAAAGGGUCCCCACUCCUGUGGCAGACACACAGACCCUACAACGUGACUCUGGAAUGUCUCUAGAACAGAUCCAACAUCCCCAGUCCCACUCCAGACCCGAAUCUCAGGGAUCUCCCCUUUCCCUCCUCAUUGCUUCUGCCGCAGUUUCCCUCCCAGCAGACCCAGUUUGGGAUCUCAGGGAGGAUUCAGAGCCUUUUAGAUUCUUUCUCCUGGAUUGUUGCAGCUCCCUGGGAUUCAGGCUCCU